UGUAGUGAACACACAUGAUGGAGUCUGAAUGCAGCGGACAGACAGAAAAUAAUCACACUGAAAUGGAAACAGAGAAAAGCUCGAGUCUUAAGAUCGACCAGACCGGUGAUACUAAACAGGACGUCACGAGCACUAAUGAAAACACAGACGAUCCUUUUAAGAAACCGGAUAUUUUUGUGGCUCCAACUCUCCCUGUGAAGAAAUCAGGAGGGUUAAACUCAAGCAAGAAACUCGCAGAGGAAUUAAGCAGCAGCAGCAGAUCAGAGAAUAAAGACACAGAUAUUGAUACCAAACACCAGCAACUACCUGCAAAACCCACAGACACUCUAACAGAUCCGUCCGAUCAUCAUCCAUCAUCCGAGAGAUCAGAGGCACAGAAGGUCCAGUCCAAACCAAAAGACAUCCGACCCAAGAUCGCUGCCAAGCUACCCCCGGCGGGUAAAUUUCCUCCGCUCCCGUACACCGAGCCCCCGUGGGGAUCUGUUCCUGACAUCAGCUACUCGUUUGAGCUGCUGAAAAACGGGGCGAUCCUAGAUACGGUCCCGCUGACCCAGAGAAGUUAUUUUGUGGUGGGUCGGUUGCCGGUGUGUGAUGUGUCUCUGGAGCAUCCAUCCAUAUCCCGCUAUCACGCCGUAGUGCAGUACCGGGGCAGAGCUGGGCAGGAUGGAGUCGUAGGAGAGGAGAAGGGCUUCUAUGCCUAUGAUCUGGGUAGCACUCAUGGGACUUUUGUAAAUAAAAAUAAAAUACCUCCUAAAACAUACAUAAGGCUACGAGUGGGACAUGUUCUGAAGUUCGGAGGAAGCACAAGACUCUUUAUUUUGCAGGGUCCAGAGUUUGACGAAGAAGCAGAAUCUGAACUAACGGUGACAGAGCUCAGAGAGCGUGCUAGAAAGCAGAGAGAAGAGCUGGAGAAGAGGAUGAUGGGUGAUGGCUCAGAUGAGGAGGAAGAGAAAGAGGACAGUGAGGCCAGUGCUACAAGGAAAAGCUCCUCAGAAGAUACUGGCUGCUCUUGGGGAAUGGCUGAAGAAGUAGUGCCCGAAGAGGAUGAGAAUGAGGAGAAUCCGUUUGCCACAGAAUUUCAGGAGGAUCAGGAAGCAGCAUACUUAAAAGAUCCUAAAAAGGCAUUACAGGGCUUUUAUGACAGAGAAGGAGAAGAACUAGAGUUUGAAUAUGAAGAAAAAGGCCAUGGUACCUGGCUUUGCAGAAUUAAGUUGCCAGUGGAUGAUGCUAUGGGCAGGCAGCUGGUGGCUGAAGUGACACACCCAGGGAAGAAGAAAGAAGCGGCUGUCCAGUGCUGCUUAGAGGCUUGCCGCAUCCUGGAGGCCCGUGGUCUUCUGAGACAGGAGGCAGUGUCCCGCAAACGAAAGAAGAAAAACUGGGAAGAUGAAGAUUUUUAUGACAGUGAUGAUGACACGUUCCUUGACCGGACAGGUGCGGUGGAGAAGAAGCGGACUGAACGCAUGAAGAAGGCUGGAAAGAUUCAGGAGCGUCCUGAUACGUAUGAAUCACUGCUAGCCAAACUGGCUGAGGUUGAAAAAGAGCUGGCUGACACUGAGAAAAGGCUCAGUUCUUCUGGGAAAGGAGCCUCCAGUUCUUCCACAGAGGACCCUCUGGAUGCUUUCAUGAGCGCCGUACGGAAUGAGACUGCUCUGGAUGGGGUGGAGAGGAAAAAGCUACAUUUACAUGUAGCUGAGUUGAAGAAGGAAAGUCAGAGACUGCGCAAGCUAGCAGACAUGGCCAAACCCACCCAGCUGCCCUCAUUACAGCCCAACACAUCUCAGUUCCUGGAUACUGAGAAACCUAAGAAGUUAUCUCUGCCUUUGUUUGGAGCCAUGAAAGGAGGGAGUAAAUUCAAACUGAAGACUGGAACUAUAGGAACGUUACCCCCAAAGCGAGCCAAUCUGCCUCCUGAGCUCUUUGACAUGAAAGAAAUGCCCCCUGAUGGUGAGGAAGAGGAAGAAGAGGAGGAGGAGGAUGAGGAGGCAAAAAACAAGAAGUCAGAGGAUGCGGUCACAGAUGGUGAAAUGGAGGUUCAGUCUGCAGAGACGGCCAGCUCAGAGCACUCCAGUGCAGACAGAGCUGAAACUAAGGCGCACCACCCUAAUGCUAAAGGAGCCUGUGAGGACCAGCCUGCUAAGAUAGUCACAUCUAAUGAAAAAGAGAAAUACAAGUCUCCAAAUCUUCAAGACAAAAACUCCUCUACUCCAAAAGAAGAAAUUGACAACAGUGCCACAAAUGUCCAGAGUCCAAAGACAAAUACAAAGAAGAAAGUUUUUGGCCCAAGCAGGCCUCCUGUGACCAUGUCUAAGCAGUACCCAGAAGAUGACCCUGACUACUGCGUUUGGGUUCCUCCAUCAGGUCAGACCGGCGAUGGUCGGACACAUCUGAAUGACAAGUACGGAUACUGAAUACAGCAAGGAAAGACCAUCCUCUUUAAAAUGGAAUCAUUCAUCUUAGUCCUUGGGAGUGGACAGAUACAUAUUUUACAUAUUUACAUCUUUAAACUUAAUUUCCAAACAGUGAACUUUUUGACAGAUGUUUAAUUAAUAAUAAUUUGGUUUAGUCCUAGGACUGACUUUCACUUUCUUUGCCCUGUUGUCAUUACGGAAUUUUUUUUUUCACACCUGGUCUGAGGCCAAGGAUGGUUUUGUGGUGGAGGUGGCUAAAGGUUGGGGAAAAAUUAUUCUAUUUUCAGGGUUGUUUUUAGGGCCAAACUAGAAUUUCUUAAUAUUCUCGAGUUUCUGUUUUGCUGCUUAUUCAACUCGAAUUCAACUUUUCCAUUGGACGUUGUAAUUUUCUUCAAAUGCAUCAUGCCAGUGUAAUGUCAGUCCAUUUAUGUUUAAGCACUUCUGUUGUUGACAAAUCUCUACCCACAGUUUGCUGUUCUGGGAUCAUUUUAAAAGGCUUAGCGAGCUCAUUGACCACUCAAUCCGCUGUUCUGGGUCAUUCUCGGAACAACAGCGGACUCCCUCCUCAGUUUGGCUGAGUGGCCAUGCUCCGUAUGGCUAGAGCUCCUGUUGGAUGCGGUUCUGUUGACUGCUAACGAUGCCUCCUCAGAGAGAGGCGGCUUUACCAGCCAUCUGGACACUUGCUUGGCAUUCUAGGAUUAGGAGCAAGCUGUUAAUGAAUCAGUCUGUGUGUGUGUGUUUGCAAGAAAGGGAGUGAGAGUGAGCUCCGUGUACAUUAUUUAUGUGUGUAUCUUCUCUUGAUAUUAAUGAAGAGUGACUCAGUGUUGGUGAUGUGUGAGCGUGUGUGUGUUGGUGUGUCCAAGGAUGGAUUAGGCCCCCCACAUUAGCUACUACGCACUGGUGUCUGUUUAUCCAACCUUUUUAGUGCUUUUGAAUUCUCCAUUGUUUGGAGAGCAUGAUUAGUCACAUACAAAUUGUGUAUUUUGUUACUUAUAUUUUGUAAAAUAAACACACACUGUGUCUUACCAACAUGGGGUCUUGAGUUGAGUGCUUGGGGUCUUUUAAGUUAUAACCCUAUAAAACUUUAUCAUAUUUGAGCUAAUUUCUAUGGUCUCUAAGAUUUCAAAAUUAUCAAAUGCUUUCUGAAAAACCUGUUGUACACAAUCUACAUGCCUUCUGUUGUCUGUUUGAUAGUUUAUAUUUUUAAGUACAAGGCAUUUUAGAAUAGUUCUAAAAAUGUUCCUUUUCAGGACAUGUCACCUUUAUUUAUAUAGUGCUUUUUAAUAAUACAAAUUGUGGUAUGUGUUUAUUUGCUCGUUUGUUUGUUUUCCUGUGAAAACUACUGAUUUUUUGAAAAGUAAAUUUAAGAAUAACAUUUGUAUUGUUAAUAAUAUUGUAAUAUUGUUAACAAAGCUGUUCCAUCCAUGUAUGUAUGUAUGUAUGUAUGUAUGUAUGUAUGUAUGCAUUUUAUAAAGCAUGUUUAGGUAUGUUCAUGGCAACAUUCAAGGCUUGUUCAGGCAUGUCUCUGGGUAUACUCAGUUUAACUCUGGCAAAAUUAUGAAAUACCAAGCCCACCAAAAAAUACUUGCUUAAAUGAACUUAUCACGUUUUUACAUUAUCGAGAUCUUUUAAAUGAAUGUUAAAGAUACAAGAAAGGUUAAGGUAAGGACAAAAUAAAUAAAUACAUUUGUGUAAAAACAAAUAAGAAAUGUGUUUACAGUAGUAUGUUUUCAAUAAAAUUCUGUGUCA